AUGAAGUUUCGGUACGGCUUUCCUCGACAUCCAUGUGGCUACCACUAUAGGAGCGUGGACGCCUCCUCUGACACCUCUCUUGAUGCCCACCUGCCGAACCUCCCAAUACCGAGAAGGGCUGCAGCCCCAGAACCCGAACCCUGGCAGAUGUUCUACCGUUCGAUCGCCUCACCAUGGCCCGAAAAAUGGUGGCAUCCGUACGAGAAACGUUGGAGACCUUGGGUGAGCUUCUCCCGUGGUGCGCGGGGGUCUAGCCCACCACCUCCUCGGCCUAGAAUCGGGGAGGUCGAUGCCGAGCAUCUGGCUUUGUGGCGGAAAGUGGAGGUGGACGGCAAGCGUCUGCUGAAGCAGAAAUUCGCAGCUCGCGAUGUUCCUUGGGAGGAGCAGCGCAACUUGCAAGAUCCUAAAUUCCACACAGGCGAAGGCAUGUGGCCCGUACGAAGAAUCAUUGACCAGCGUAAUGAUGGUGAAGAUCGAGAAUACCUGGUUGAAUGGGAGCACCAUCCGGUGACCCGAGAAAAAUGGAUGCCGACUUGGGUACAUGCAUCAGGGGUCGGGACGAGCUUGAUCCGACCGUGGCGUCAUGCUUGUCGAGAUCUGUGGUACAAGAUUCACAGUCAAGGGGACGUUCGCGACGACUACCGAGAUCCCGAGGGAGCUUAA